UAAAAUUAUCACAAAGUUAAAGAUCGUGUACUGUGUGGACGUGGUAUUAUUGAUUUAAAAGUUUUUUUUUUUUUUCAUUGCAAUGGAAUAAGGUAUAACUUUUCCAUUCUAAUGAACUUUUUAAAAAAUGUUGGUGUCGCGCUUUAUGAGUUGUGGUUUCUCAGUCAUUGUUAGUAUUUAAAAUUUUUACUUUUACUUUUAUACUUAAAUAUUAAAAUGAAAAAGUUAACUUUUAUUAUAGUCAACUUGAUAAUUUCUCAAUGCUAUGCCCUGAUAUACGAACUUAACGGGUCGGACUAUUCCCGCAUGCCGGCAGUGUUCCACUUUGAUGACUAUGAUCAUUGUCUAACGAAUCCAGAUGGACUGUAUUGUACCGUAGACAUAAAUGUGGUCUCCGACACUCCAAGUGAACUGUACAGCUUGAUGCAAAACUAUUCAGAGUACAACAACAAACAUUUCAAUCAUACAUUUUUACGCCACGGGGUCUGUGUAACACGGUCGUGCAAGAGAUUCCUACAAAACACCACUAAGCCAAUAACUUACAGUAACACAGACACUGAGAACGCAGAACUAAAGCUAGUCAUAGAAGAAUGUCUCAAUGAUUCCCUGUGGAACAACUAUGAAUUGAAAUGUAGGGUGACUGCACCUCUGUAUUGUAACGAGCGAGAAGAACGACAAAAAGAUAGUGGCGACUUAGCAGUUGGUGUGUUCUUACUCGUUCUGCUAACAUUGAACGUUAUUGGAAGCUUGUAUGACGCCAUUUUUGUCAGAGGACAGAAUAAACCAGGUUCAGGUAAUGGCGUGCUGUUGUGUUUUUCUGUUCCGCACAAUUUCUCAAGACUAAUGCGACCGUACGCCGACCUCGGCCCACGUGAGCAGAGGCUAAAAGUCUUCCAUGGGUUAAGAGCAAUGACAACUCUGGGAGUUAUACACUGCCACUCUCUGUUGCCAUUCGCGAUCGCGCCGGAGAACGUGUUAUUUGUUGAGAAUCUCUAUAAUAAUAUGGCUAACUACAUAUUCUUAAAUGGCACCAUCGUUGUUCAAACGUUCUUCAUAAUGUCGGGAUGCCUGCUGUCUUACAAGCUUGAAAUGUUAGCAGAAAAACGUGAAAUCAAAUGGACAUUGUUACCGAAAAUAUUAAUUAUAACGUGGGCCAAACUCACACCAUCGUACAUGGUAGUCUUAGCAACUUCUGCAACAUGGUUAAGAUACACAAGCUCCGGACCAUUUUGGAAGCUAGUAGUACUCAGAGAAGUAGAAGAUUGUCGCGCAGAUGGAUGGUCGCAUGUGUUAUACAUCAACAACUAUCUCGACCCUACGCAGUGCCUUCCACAAGCUUGGUAUUUAGCAGCUAAUAUGCAGCUCUACAUCCUCGGAUAUUGUACAUUUGUAAUAAUAAAAAGCCCUAAAUAUAGAAAGGUGGCACUGACGAUUCUUUUCAUUAUUGGGGUUGUAACACCAAUGGCGCAUACUUAUUUUCAAAAUUUGGAAGCUGUGGUGAUGAUGACUCCAGAGGCUGUAAGAUCAUUUUUGAAUAACCCAACUUUUCAUCAUGUCUACAAAAGAGGCCAUACGAAUAUAGCUAAUUUUGUAUUAGGAAUAGCUUUGGGAUUUCUAAUCUAUCGUCUACAAAAGAACGAAGUUAAUAUACAAAAAUAUAAGAAAUAUCGUCAUUUGUUCCUGCUAACUGUCCCUGCUAUUCUCGGUACAAUUAUAGUUGGGAGUGUGUUUUAUAUAGAUGGUAUUUAUACGUCCGUCUAUACGAAAGCAAUUUACUCUGGUCUCAUCAAACCUAUUUAUGGAGUUAUAUUGGCAAUACUGGUUAUUGGAUGCGUUUUUGAAAUAGAAAAUGUAUACAGACCUAUUUUGGAAUGGGACGGUUGGAAGCUUCCAGCAAAGUUGUCGUACUGUGCUUUUUUAUUACAUGUCGCCUUUAUACGAAUUGCCACUGGAAGCCUGAGGACUCUGAUGCCAUUUACAUAUUUAUUGGUGGCGGAAACCACCAUUGCGUUUAUAGUGUUGUCUUACUUAGCAGCCAUACCUUUCUGGUUGUUAGUGGAUGCACCUCUGACGGAGUUGCUACAGAAGAUUUUGACAGGAAAAUUAUGUCAAACAGAGACGAAAGUCAUCCCAGAAAAUGACUUAACUUUAAAGAACAAUGUGAAGGUUUUUAAUUCUGAAGAAGGAAAUGCAAGCGUCUAAUGUAUUAUUAUGUAGUAUUUUUCAGAUAGCAUUGGUACGGUGACAGUUGCCGUAUGACGUUCAUAAUACGUACUAUUUUCGUGAAUCGCGGCAAACUUUCAAGAGUGUAAUGUAACGAAUGCUAUCUGAAAAACACUAUAGCC